GCAAUUGUGUCACUUCUCUUCCGCAGGGCCGAUGUUCAAGGGAAAACUGCAAAUAUCUUCACCCGCCACCACACUUAAAAACGCAGCUGGAGAUCAAUGGACGCAAUAACCUGAUUCAGCAGAAGAACAUGGCCAUGCUGGCCCAGCAGAUGCAGCUCGCCAACGCCAUGAUGCCUGGGGCCCCGCUGCAGCCUGUGGUAUGUCGAGAGUACCAGCGUGGCAACUGCAACAGGGGAGAGAACGACUGCCGGUUCGCCCACCCCGCCGACAGCACGAUGAUCGACACCAACGACAACACGGUCACCGUCUGCAUGGAUUACAUCAAAGGGAGAUGCUCACGGGAAAAGUGCAAAUAUUUCCACCCUCCCGCACACCUGCAAGCCAAGAUCAAGGCUGCCCAGUACCAGGUUAACCAGGCUGCAGCU